GAGGUGAUGCAAAUUAAGUGAGAAACCAGAAUGUCAAGGACUGAUGUUCAUGAAUUGGCAAAUUCUUAUUUUAAUUUUUCUUUUUGGUGAAAGGAUUUGGCGAGUUUUUAUUGGCAGUUUGCUCUAUUUACAAGCUCAAUGGAACCGCACUAGAUGAUUUUUCAAAAAAUCGGUGCCUCUUUUCUUGUGCAUCAUAAGAUUCUAUAGAAAGACAGGAAAAUGUAGCUCCUGCCAAAGUCUCCUUUUCCCACUUUUACAUAUACCACUUUUUGACCUUUUCAUCUUCUUUUCAGCAAGUGUUUAGUGGCAUUUCCUCUCAGUCUCAGUCUCAGUCCUGCACCUGAAAAGAAGAAACCUGAGUUGCAAAAAACAAGAAAUGGGUGGCUCUGGGAAUUUUCUUCAAGUUGUGGCAAAUAAUUUUGAUGUUCUUGCUUUGCCACUAGUGACUCUUGUUUACCCCUUAUAUGCUUCAAUCAAAGCUAUAGAGACUAAAUCUCGCACUGAUGACCAGCAAUGGCUAACCUAUUGGGUUCUGUAUUCCAUGAUGACCAUAUUUGAGCUCACAUUCUCAAAAAUCCUGGAAUGUAUCUCCGUCUGGCCGUUUGCUAAACUGAUAGUGACAUGCUGGUUGGUGUUGCCACAAUUCAAUGGAGCAGCAUAUGUAUAUAAGAAUUUCAUCAGACCAUUCUACAUGAAUCCACAGUCGUCUGCUCAAAGAAUAUGGUACGUCCCAAGAAAGAAGGAUGUGUUUACCAAACAAGAUGACAUUCUAACAGCUGCUGAGAAAUAUAUGGAAGAGCAUGGAACUGAAGCUUUUGAGAGGCUCAUAACCAAGGCUGAUAGAGAGGAAAGAGCUAGGAGGAGCAGCAAUUAUAUGAUCUUUGAUGAUGAUUAUAUUUAUUGAACUUUAAAUUAGCACAUGUUUAGUAAGAAAAAGAAAAGAGCAUGACAUUGUCUUAAUCUCAUGGCUUGGAAGUUAGAUUUGUUUUGUUGUGUGACUAUUUAUGCAAGAACUAGAUUUUCAAGAGAAUGUGGAGUAAUUCCUUCUUGGCUACUAUAUAUAUAUUUAGUGAAGAAA